AUGUUUUUCUUUUGGGCUUCACCAGCUUAGAACUUCCCCUUUAGUAAGUCACACUCAUAUGAAAGGAGAGCAGAGGGCAGAAAGGAGAAACUGAUUUAGGGAAGGAAAGACUUGUGCUUUUGACAGCAGCAGAUCAGAGUGCCGAGGGGAACCGCCGGCUUAGGUCACAGCUGCUGCCGUUUCUAAAGUCAUGAAGUUGCAGAGGCCAAGCAUUGCUCCAGUGAUUGGGGCCAUUUUCGUGGUGGCUUUUCUGAAUCCUGUGUCCAGAGCUGCAGAGACAGAUGACAGAGGAUUUCAACUGUGUGGCGUUCUGAGGCGAGGACUGAAGGACUAUUCCAACCAUAACCUGACCGCUGUCCCUUCCCAUCUUCCCCACAGCACACAGUAUUUGGACAUUUCUUACAACCCCAUCCACAGGUGGGACGCAGAUCAGUUUUUUGGAUUGUCCCAGCUGUGCUUCCUGAAAGCAACCCACUGUGGCCUACGGGUGAUUCCCCCCACGGUGUUCAAACACACACCGGGGCUUAAAGUCCUCAACAUUUCUCACAACAGCUUGUCUUUCAUUCCAGCAAUUUCACUGAAAAGGCUGCAGGUUUUUGCUGUGGACAAUAAUCUGUACAGCAGCUAUAAGAUUCCUGCUUCCUUUCGGGAUCUAAGAGCUCUGGACUUUCUGGUCUUGGGAAGCACAGCGGCCACAACGGUUCGUUUUCAUGACUUUGAUGCGCUCGUGAAUGUUUCCCUGAACCAUUUGUUCUUGGGGGCUGGAACUCCGUGGCGAAAAUAUGAUUCUGGUUCUCUUGCAAGAAUUAACCUCCAAAACAUUUCCCUCCACGUGUCAUUCUGUGAGGAUUUCAUCAUGUUGGACAACCUUCUAAGGGAUUUGGCUGAGGCACGAGUAAGGUCAAUUCGAUUCACAUCUGUAUUUCUUGACACCUGCCGUGUGACAGGAGACCCCUUCUUCAAGCUGAGGACGAUGCCUUUCCUGCAGAGACUCAGCAUUGAGAGCACAUGGAUCAACAGUUCAUUCAUGGAGAGUUUCGUGAAGAACGUGUGGCUCUCCUCUCUUCGUGAACUCCUGUUUGUUAACAUCACUUAUAAUGAAGACACGGCGGAGGGGUUUCAGCUCCCCACCAUAAACCAAAGCAUCAGUCUCCGCUCAGUUACCUUCAACAGUGUGAACCAUUACCAGUACAAAUAUCCGACUUUCAACAUGAGUUCCAAGGCCUUCUCAGAGCUCACGUAUCUGAGGUUUUCAGGCACCGGGAUGAACAUUUUACCCUGCGGACUCAUUUCAACUCUACCGUCUCUGGAAAUGCUUGACCUGUCGGACAACCUCUUGUCAGAGUCUGGCUUCUGGUGGUUUCAGUGUUCAUAUGCCUCCACCUUCCCAAAGCUGCAGAAGCUUUCUUUGAGCAGAAAUAGAUUCAUUAGUCUUUCAUUUAUCUCUAAGAAAAUGCAGCAAAUGAAGACACUAAAAUCUCUUGACCUCAGCUUCAACUCGAUCCAUUUGGAUGGCGCAUGCUUCUGGCCGGCUCAGCUGACAGAACUGAGCUUGGGCAACAACAAUUUGGGCAACGCUGUGUUCAGUUACCUGUCUCCAAACUUUGUAAAGAUUGACUUGACAAAGACAGGAAUAACAGCCAUAACACAGGAAGUCCUGUCUCGCUUUCCCAAACUGGAGCAACUCACACUGAGCUUUAACAGCAUCCAGGUUUUCCCUGAAGAUCUCAGCGUCCCAACUCUGCUCAGGCUCCAUGUGGACCAGAACGCCAUCACCUCUGUGUCCAGAGAGGCUUUAGCGGGGCUGCCCAGACUUCAGACACUGAUCGCUGGGAACAAUCCCUAUUUCUGCUCCUGUGACAUCCACUGGUUCAUUACUGCUUUCAAUAAGUCCUUACUACCAGACUGGCCAUUCGAUUACACAUGCAGCACGCCGCCUUCCCUCACUGGACUGUCUCUGUCUGAGUACAAAACCAGCAAGCUGUCCUGCGAAAUGUGGCUUCAGUCUGUGGUGGCUCUGCCUGUGCUAACAGCCGUUUGCACAGCCAUCAGUGUCAUUUUCUGGAAGUGUGACGGAGCUUGGUACACAAGGAUGCUGUGGACCUGGAUCAGGAUGAAGAGGAGAGGCAAGAAGCGUUCUAACCUGCUGAAGAACGCCUCAUUCGACUAUCAUGCCUUCAUCUCGUACAGCCACCAGGACUCCAACUGGGUGGACAGUCAGCUGGUGCCCUCUCUAGAAGGAAAUGGUUUCUCCCUCUGCGUCCAUGAGCGGGACUUUGUCCCGGGUGAGUGGAUUCUGGAUAACAUCAUCAACUGCGUAGAGUCCAGCUACAAGACGCUAUUUGUGCUCUCCAAACAUUUUGUGCAGAGUGAGUGGUGCAACUAUGAGCUCUUCUUUGCGCAGCACAGAUCCAUCAGCACCCAAAGCGACUCCAUAGUCUUUGUUCUGUUGGAGCCAAUCCCACCAGACUCUCUUCCCAAGAGGUUCCUGAGACUCCGGAGCUUGUUGAAGCAGCAGACCUACCUGGAAUGGCCCAGUGACGAGCGCAAGCAGCAGGUUUUCUGGGCGAGUCUGAAGUCUUUGCUGCACAUGGCAGACAAAGCGGUGGUUCUGAGGGAUGCAGCACAGGACAUUUUAGAUAGAAUCCCUCUGCUGACAGAGCAAACGUGACAAUCUCAGUGAAAAUGUUUAGUUCCUGCUUUUUCCAAGUGAACAAAAAAAGACAUUUAACUGUAAACCCGCAGCUGUGUUUGGGGGAGGUUCUGCGGAAAAAUGUGGUAAAAAUCAAUUUUUUAAUUUUUUUUUUUAAUUUUUGGUUCAUACAUUUUUACAGUUAAAAAAACAUGAAACACGUGUAGUUUAGUUAAUUUGUUUAACAUAACAGUCCCCCCCCCCUUGUUUUUUUUUAAUGAAUGCAAUUCUGUAAAAAUAAAAGCUGGGAAAAAAAGUUUUUUCCCCACUGCUGGCUGGUUGUUAUGGACACAAAGGAUACUUUUGCGACUUUAUUAUUAUUUUUUCAUUCUAUUGCAUAGUUUCAGCCCAUAGAAUUUAAAGGCCCCCAACCCCCCUAAAUGAAUUCAAGUUGUUCGUGUGGUUCUUGUAUUGCAUUCAUAAAACUAAUGUAAGCCAUACGCCCUUAUGACGUACAGAUUAUAAGCGCCUUUCACCACACACUAGUCAAGGGGUGUCAAAACCAUUUUAACUCAAGGGCCACAUGGAGUCAAAUCUAUUCCCAUGUGGGUUGGACCAGUAAAAUUGUGGUAAAAACAGCAACUUCCGAUCAAUAUAAAAUAUAUGGCUGUAGCCUGAAGACAGUGUAUCCAAAAUAGUAAAAGCACAGUAUUGUUAAUAAUUCUAUAAUCUGCGGCUGAUGGGUAUCAGCGGGUCUUUGGAUCACUGGUUACUGGUCAGACAGGCGUUUGUCCGGUUGGGCAGUGUCCUGUUUGAUGUAGUGAUAAAAAGUGUGGGAGCCCCACAGAACUCACAUCCUGAGUGGCAGCCACAUUCAGGAUGUGAUUCAAGUGCUCAUCCUUUGGCCUUGUUUUAUUUAUUAUCACAAAGAUAUGUGGUUUCAAACACACACAACAAUUUUGCUAUGACCAGUCAAUGCUGGCUCCAACAUGGCGGCAUCCAUAUUGCAGAAAAAUGGUGACUAAAUUGAUUUCAUUUGGUUGAACCAGAGGCAAACCAUUUUUAUGGGUGACAUCACACUCGGUCUAUAGUCAGUGGUUCUCAUAGAUCCAAAGAUGCUGCUGCUGUAUCAAAUGAUGAAGUGACUGCAAACGGUUGCUCCUCCCUGGACCAACCGUGGGCCGGGCGGAUGGCUGCCUGG